AAGUUGGGUGGUGACUUGGGAGACACGUUCGCCCACGGCGCUCCUAUUGGUUUAUUAGCGGCGUGAUGACACGGAGGAGCCGGGCUUAACACUUUAUAAAGCUUCUCCGUCCGCGGCGAGCCACUCAUAGAAAGACCGCUGUGGCUGAAACUUCCUGUUCGGCAACUCAUCUGCUGGAAGCAUCGACAUCACCGUCCAUCAUGAGCGAGAGACAAGGAUCCGGAGCAGCUGCUGGCAACAACAAGACCUCUGGAGGACAAGAUGCAUCCAAGACGGACGUCCCAGAGGACUUUGACAUCGACAUGGAUGACCCGGAGACUGAAAAGGCGGCGGUGGCCAUCCAGUCCCAGUUCAGGAAGUUCCAGAAGAAGAAGCGCGUGGAGAAGUCCUAGUGAGCGCCGCGUUUCUUUGCCGCUGUGCGUGCGAACGGCGGGCGGACGGGACGGCACCGCGGCGAUGGUGUGACAUUUGCAUGUAAACAGAUUCAUACCUGUUGGAACUCCAGGGGUCGUGACGGGUUCGGGUGGGGGGGGUGGGGGAGAGAAUGCAAUAGCCUGUUAAUCAUAUGACAUGUCUGUGAACUUUAAUUCCUCUAUUCUUAUAGUUACUAUUAUUUAUUAUUUGACUGCUGUACCAGUAAAUAAAUAACAGAAAAAAGUUACAAAGAUCUAGUUUCUGUCCUGCCAUAUAUGUUGAAGAUAUCAUGAAGUCUAGUUGGUGUUUGUGUUAGAAUAUGUUUUUGUACUUACCUAUAUAGCUACACCUCACCCCUCCCUUUUUGUGCUGUUUGAGACUCGGUUUCCCUCAAAGACACCUUUACUUUGUGGUUAGACAGAAA